AACGGGCGUACACUGUUCUGCGGCGAAUGGCUUGCAAGUUGGCUUUUUGGUUCGCGGGAUCACUUGGACCAGUUCGUUCAGGAAGAGCAGAUAAAGUACAACGGCCCUCAAACUGACGUUUAUAAUAACACGCCAGGCUCACUAUGGCUGCAUGUCCGGGCUGUCAGCGAGCUUUUAACCAUGCCGACAAGCUGCCGCUCCUCGCUCGGUGCGGCCAUACCAUUUGCGCGAGCUGUAUGCUUGAAGCGACCCGGUGCUGUCGGUGCGGUCGACACAUUCCUGAGGAUUCAGAGCGUCCGCUUAACUUCGCACUCGCUGAGCUUCUUGGCCUGCUGGGCCCGCCAGCCGCCUUAGCACGCCCUUGCGGCGACGGUCAGCGGUCAGCGGCGCGCGAGCAGCAGCGAGACGAGUGCCUUGGUGAUGCGGAGGGGCUGAAGGAGGGGGACUUGGACGAGGACGAGGAGGGGGAGGAAGAGGAGCAGGAGGGGGAAGAGGAAGAGGGGCAGGAGCAGGAGCAGGGGGAGGAGGAGACGCAGCAGGAGCAGCCGCACGGGCGGCCGCUCGAGAUCCUGGUGGACGUGUUCGUAGUGGACCCGCAGCGCAUGGAGCGGUGCGACAGGGUCACGCAGCUGCGGCUGGCUUUGCAGCCCCGCCCGAACUACCCACGCGAAUCCGCGCGGCUGCCCCUGGUGGAGCUGCGGCGGCGGCUGCAGGGGCGCGGCGUGCCGGAUGCGGCCUGGCGGUUCGCGUUCCGGAAACCUCACAAAUGGGAGCCAGGCACCUCGUACACACGCUUGCACAUGCUUUAUGAGCACGUGCGCAUGGACGGCGCAGUAGAGGUGUGGGCCGUGGGCGGUCCGUCCACUGCAGACGCCAUUGCUCGGCCGCCGCCGCUCAAGCUCUACGCGUACGACUCAUGCGCCCCCGGCACCCCUGUGAGGGAGGUGGUGCUUCACGGCCCCUGGGGCGAGUGGCGCGUGCACGGGCUGGAGGCCAAGCCGGGCAUGACCACGCGCGAGUUCGGGGACCUGGCGGCCGCGCGGCUGCCGCGGCGCCACAGGCACCAGCACGCGGGCCAUUUCCGCCUGGUGGUCAACGGCAGGAAGCAGCCGCAGCGGCUCAUGCUGGAUGUGGCCCAGGAGGGGCUGCUGGGCGGCGGCGCGGCGCUGCACAUGCGCGGCUGGCCCCCGGCGCCCGGCCCCAACAGCAGCGGCAGCCAGUCUGUGGUCCUGAGGCCGCUGUACGUGAAGACGCUGACGGGCAAGACCAUCACGCUGCAGGACGUGCACUCGGACCUGGACGUGUACGACCUGAAGUGCAUGAUUGACGAGCUAGAGGGCAUCCCACCGGACGAGCAGCGGCUCGUCUUCGCGGGCAGGCAGCUCGAGGACGCUGACACCCUGGCGUCCUACAACAUCUCAAAGGAGUCCACCCUGCAUCUCAUCCUGAGGCUGGGCCACCCAGGCGUGGCGAUCCAGGUGUCAUGAGGGGCGGCGGCUGGCGGCGGGAGUGGCGGAAGUGGCGGGAGUAGCGGGUGGGUGCUGGCGGGUGCGGUGGAAGUGGUGGCGGGUGGAGGGCGGCGGGUGGCGGGUGAUUGCCUGCUGUGGGCGCGGCUGAACGGGUGUCGGGGCGGUGGCGGAGCAGUGGUGGGGUAGUGGCAGUGGACUGGCGGGGGGAGGAGUUACAUUCAUGAUUUAGCAGGAAGGGGGGGCGGGGAAGAGGUGUAAUGACGGGUAUCUGCCCCGGACCUCAGGGACGUGCCACCUACUACCAUCCGUAGUAGCAGGGUGUGCCACGCGAGCUGACGAACAGCACGAAGUGCCGCAGCGCAUGCGCGGAUGUGCACAUGUGUGCAGCUGGCAAUCGCAACUUGAGGUGCUGUGUGAAUUGCAUCGCGUUGUGCUGCAGAUUCAUAACAUGCUUUGGGGAUAGAUGCGAUGGGACGGGGUAAGUGGCAGUAUUGCGUAGUCCCGUAGUGUGUAUUCCGAGACCUUGAAAUGGUCAGAGGUAACGGUGCAAGUGCGGCCGGCAAGGCCCAUUCCUUUUCGGCUCUAGGCAGAAACAAGUAAUGGGCUGAAGUGACGCAGGAUGGGUGGCCAGUCUGGUCGGUAGGGUGGCCGGUGUUAUCUCAGGCUUGACUGCCAACAGCCCGAUAGUAAUUGCAUGAGUUCGAGUCUGCUUUGUGAACGUGUACAGGAUGCGUAAGACGGGCUAGAUGCAGCAGGCCAGCCCCCAUCACCCCGUGAGGGGCCGCGAUCAGUAGCCCUUACCUUGAUAAUGUAUGGAAAUGGACGGUCUUAACUCUUCAC